AUGGACAUCAAUGGAGAGUAUCGCAGCUUCUGUCCGGCCCAUGGACCGCCCGCAUUAGCAGCAGCAGCGGUAGCGGCAGCUGCUGGCAAUGGCCAGCAAUUGCUCACGCAUCAGCAUCAAUUGCAUCAGCAGCAGCAACAGCAGCAGCAGCAGCAGAAGCUCGUGCUUCUAACUGGCAAACUGGUGACUGUGCAGCGUUACGAGUGUGUUGAACCUGUGGCAGAGCUCUUCGGCAUUAUUCCAAUUGAAAACUGGAAUUGGUUUAACUGGAAACAUUGGUAUGCGAAUUUCGGAAUGCCGGAACGGUCCAUGGAAGUUUGCCAAGAGCUACAGCAGCAACCAUGA